AUGUUUCCUCCAUCCCAAUACAUGCAAGCAUGUCUUCUGUGCAACAGCGACAGCAACCAUCGGACCUGCUGUGUUCUUCCCGGACCGACUAACAGCAGCAGCAAGGCUCAUGCGGCGUUUUCUGUGCUACCUCGACCACCAACAGCAGCAGCAAGGGUUGUGCUGCGUUUUCUGUGUUGCAUCGACCAACCACAGCAACAGCAGGUUGCUGCCCGCAUCAUCUGUUGCAUCUCCAUCCUUUUCUCGCAACAACAGCAACAGCAGCAAGCUGCUGCGUUUUCUCGCCUCUUCCCGGUUUGUCAGCAGCAGGCAACAAGCUGCUGCGUUUCUUUUCGUCUUUUCUCGGUUCAACAGCAGCAGCAGCAAGCUGCUGCGUUUUCUCGUCGCUUCUCGGACUGCACCGAGCCGAACAGCAGCAGCAGCAGCAGGCGUGUCCGUGGCGGCCUGUACCGAGCCGAACAGCAAACAGCAGCCGACUGGGAGCUGUUUUCUUCGUGUACAGCCUCCAAAACAGCAGCCGAGCUGUGUAGUUCGUCGCCUCUUCGCCGAGCAGCAAGCAACAGCAACGAACAGCAGGCUGUGUGCUGUUUUCUUCGUGCACUGCUCCCAAACAGCAACUUCUAUCAACAGCCUAGAUGUUGGGGGGAUUUAUCCAAAAUCCCACUAUGUUCCUUUAACGGUGGGGCUCUAAAGGGUCGAGAGGAGCAUUGGUUCGUGAAAGACUCUUUUGUAUUUAUAGGCUUGUUACUUUCGAGCGUCCCGUUUUGAYGUURCGACUUCUUGGAGACUAAUAGAAACCCCCGUCUUUAAUCUAGAUUUAGAAUGUUCUAGAUUAAUAGGUUGUUAUUUAUCAUCUCGAUUAGCCGGAUUGUAACCGCCAUACUAUUUCUUUUGUUGGUUAAAUCUUAUUUGAUGCUUUGGG